AUGCCAUUUGGCCUGACAAACACUCCCUCUACUUUUCAGUCAGCCAUGAAUGAUCUUUUGAGGCGUUACUUGAGAAAAAAAAAUUUAGUGUUUUUUGAUGAUAUUCUCAUUUAUAGUGCUAAUUUCACUGAACACUUAAUUCAUUUACAACUUAUCUUUGACUUAUUAGAGUCUAAUGUUUAUGCAGUUAAUAAAGUUCAUUAUUUAGGACAUGGUAUUUCUUUGAGCACUGUUACACUAGAUUCAGGUAAGGUGAGGCCAUUUUGGACUGGCCACAACCAUGUUCUCUCAUGGAACUCAGAUGAUUCUUGGGACUUAUUGGUUUUUAUCAUUGUUUUACUCGACAAUAUGCCUCACUCACCGCUCCUCUCACCGAUUUAUUGCGUUCCACUAAGUUUGUUUGGGGUACAGAAGAGGCCGCGGCCUUUACAAAAUUAUAAAGAAUGA